AUGUCAAGUAUUGAUUUCGAAUUUUUAAUUAAUUUAAUUGGCCCAAAAGUCACAACAGAAAACACUAAUUUUCGUGAAAGUAUUUCUGUGGCAGUGCGUUUAGCAAUAACUUUAAGAUUUUUAUCAAGUGGUGAUUCAUAUCAUUCUCUAAUGUAUACGUUCAAAAUAUCGAAGCAGUCAAUAUCGCAGAUUGUACCUGAAGUAUGCGUAAUUUACAAACAUACAUUCAAAAUGUUCGCUUAGUGAGCGAACAUUUUUGUUUGGAUUAUUGACAAACAAAUUUGUUUAGAAACACUUCUACAGAAACGUUCGAAAAACAUUUGUUUAACGUUCGACAAACGUUUGCUAUUUUUUUUUGGUGUUCGGCGAACGGUCGACAAACGUUUUUCUUAUUGUUUGUUAGGUGUGGACGCAGCAUUAGGAAUAUUUGGUAUAAAUAAUUAAUUACUGUUACAAAUACAAAUUUUAUUCGUAUAAAACUGUUAUAAAUACAAAUUAUAGAUUAAAAAUGAAUUAUUAUAUUGAAUUUGAAAUUUUGUAUUUAAACCGAUAUUUCUUAUUGGUCGUAAUAUUGCGAAAGGGGAUAAUGUGUAAGCCCACAUUAAAUAAUUUCUGUCAGUAAUUUGAAUGUCAAAACUAUUUUACUAGAUUCAUAAUUUCGUAUUUUAUAUAAUUAUUUCAGCUCCGUUUCGCCAGCACUCAUUUUCAAAUUUUAGUACCAAACCUACACAGUAUUAUGUACUUGUUUGUACAAUUUCGUACAAAUUAAAUGAAAUUUUGUACACCUUCCUCCCCAACACGAGAAAAAUUGAUUUUGCUAUGCGCGUGCUGGAGAAACGUUUCCUCAACACUGCCUUUGCCAAAUUUUGAACAAAUUCGAUUUUCAAUGAUGCUGUAACAUAAUUUUCAUUAUGAAACGGAGCUAAUUAUUGCAUCGUUUAUCACAAUACAUUGAUUCUCAACAUAUAUUUAUUGAUAUUUGCCUGUAACAAAUAACAAUAUUGUAUAAGUCCAUUUUAUUGAACGACAACUUCAUAUCUCUCUUUCUAUCAACAUUGGUAUAAUUCAGGGAUAUUGUACGUUAAAUGAACAUUUACCAUUACGGUUAUUGGAUGUAAAUAACACAUAUAUAAACGAAAAAUAACGAAGAUUAUUUUUUGUAGGAAAAUGGCAAAAAUACAAAUAUUUUGUAUAUAUACGUGAUCAAUCUAUCAUAAGACACUCAUUAUUUCGGAAAUUCUAGAACAUUUAAAAAACAAGCUGCUCUACAAUUUUAAAUUUAUGUUAUUUAUGUUAUCCUUUUUUUAGGGGUAAAACAACCCCGAACUACCUACUUUUGAAUUUCGAAUGGCAAACUAAAUUAAAAAUUCCAUAAAUAGAUGGAGUAUUAUUAAAAAAUAAAUAUAAGUGUUGAAAUUUGGUUUAUUUCAAUCCAUUGACGAGAUAUUCCUCGUUUAAGUUUGGGUUGGAGGAAAGUAGUGGAGUAUUAUUUAUAAUACCGGUACAGCGCGCAGCGUAUUAAUAAUGCACCACCACUUUCUCCUAACCCAAACUUAUAAGUGGAAUAAUUUGUCAACGAAUUGACGGAAAUCAAUAAUGCCAACACCAAAAUUGAUUUUAUAUAUGAUCUAUUCGUAAAAUUUUUUUUAUAUACAUUGUUAUUUGAAGAUCAAAAGUAGGCACACUAUUCAAAUAUUUAUUUACACGUAAAUUUUUCGUUUAUUAUUUAUAUAAAAUAUAAAUACAUUUAUUUUGUACGUAUAUUUUGCUUAUACAAGAACUUUCUUGUACAAUUUUUUUAAAAGUUUUAUCAUUGUAAAUCGGAGAAAAAUUGAUGGUAAAAAAGUUGUGCACGAGAAAAAAAAAGGCCGUAAUAUUUUUAACUAAUACCCACAUUUCUUACAUUUUCUCGUUUUUCUUUGGUUUUUUUUUCGGUGUUUUACAUUUGUUGAGAAAACUCUUGAUAAAAUCGAAAAAUUAACUCUCUAAAUUACCAUCCCAGUCAAAUUGCCUUUUAGAAACAAUGCUAUCAUUACAAAUUGAAACAAAAUUGCCUGUAAAAAAUUUGUCCACAGAAAUAUAAUAGAAAUAAACAUCUGUGUAAAACCAUAAGCUUCUUUGCUCUACUCAGAAUCUAAAAAAGUAUAUUUGUAGAUUAACCUCAUUAUGUUGAACCCAACUAUUGGAGGGAAAAAUUUGAUAUAAUACUAAUAUUAUAAAUUAUAUUUUAUGUCAUAUAAAUAUUAAGUAAAACAACGGUAUAUAAAAAAUAAAAAAUAUCACAACUUUCGCGUUCAAUACAUAAUCCGAAUGCAUUUUUAUAAAAAUUAUACGCUCAACUCGAUCGUCCGCAAUAAGUUACCCGCAGACGUUCAUCAAAUUUUUGUUACCUACAUUAACUAUGUUCGAUAAACUUGCUGUCUCGUUAUAUGUGUUGACACCAGAUGUUUUUGUUUGAUUUAUAUAGAUAUUCAAAUUAUACAAUCGGUAAAAAAAAACAAAAAAAAAAUUAAAUAUUAUGGUUUUCGUACAUUUAUACAAUAUUUGUGGCGACAUCUAGACGUCAUUACAUCUAUUCUGUUGUCUUUUAUGUUCUAUACUAUACUUUGGUACUCACAGCCAGGUAUGAUUGGUACCAAUACCACUAUAUGUUCACGUUACCAUGGACAAAAAUAUUAUAAUUGAUCAGCAUCGAACAGAUUGAGAAAAUUGGGGAGGGGGAUAAAUUUAAAAUGUUUUGCUUCUUCCCUCAAUCCAAAAUUCAUGUAAAAUCCGAGUGAUCCAACGUCAUCUAUAGUAGCAUAAUUUAGGAAAUAUAGUUCUACAUCCCAGAUAUCAUAGCUCUUGUUGGAGUGAUCUGUUUCCUUUGACAUAUUUUUGACGGAUUGUUAAAUAACACAUAAUAGCAUGUAUAAUAUUUUUUAUUUUUUAAAAUAAAGAAGUGCUCCGUUUUAGAAUGUUAUAGCUAUCAAAUACCAUUAUAAUUCGAUGGUUGUUAUUUUUUUAGACAAAAAGACUCCAAAGUCCUUUUAUCUCAGUAUUUUAUAUUAACGUUCAGCUCCUAUAAAAAAUUUAUUUAGAUCUAGCACGCUUUCAUGUACUGUUGUUUAUAAUGUCCUAAUUUAAAAAAUAUUGAUCGUUAUAAAACGAUCUCACCCUUAAUUAACAGUUGGCCCAGAUGAUGCACACAAGUCCCCCCUACCCGGUAAUUAAUACAUUUAUUACCGUUUAGGACCGAAGCCGUCAAUAUAAUAAAAUAUGUGGCCACAAGGAAAAGUCUCAGCAAAGAAGUAAGGAUAAUAAAGAAUAUUAUUCCUUGAUUAUUUUCAAAAAAAUGGCCAUGUAG